UCCUCUCCGAGCGGCUGUCAGGCUGGAGGCACCGAGCCCCCUGCGCGCGGCACAUGGGGCGCUGGACGGAGGCGGCGUCGGCGGCGCGCUCGGCCGGGCCCCCUGCCACCCCCCUGGUCCUCUCCGCUACGUCCCCGGGGUGCGCGGUCACCAUGGCGUCCAGCGAGGAGGAUGGCAGCAACGGCGGCGCUGCGGAGGCCGGCGAAGAGAAGGAGGCCGCCGGCAGGAGGAGACGCCUGGGCUUCCUGGCCACCGCCUGGCUGGCCUUCUACAACAUCGCCAUGACCGCGGGGUGGUUGGUUCUAGCUGUCGCCAUGGUACGUUUUUACAUGGAAAAAGGAACACAUAGAGGUUUAUAUAAAAGUAUUCAGAAGACACUUAAAUUUUUCCAAACGUUUGCUUUACUUGAGAUAGUUCACUGUUUAAUUGGAAUUGUACCAACUUCUGUGCUUGUGACUGGGGUCCAAGUGAGUUCAAGAAUCUUUAUGGUGUGGUUGGUUACUCACAGCAUAAAACCGGUCCAGAAUGAGGAGAGUGUGGUGCUUUUUCUGGUCUCGUGGACUGUGACUGAGAUCACUCGCUAUUCCUUCUACACAUUCAGCCUUCUCGACCACUUGCCAUACUUCAUUAAAUGGGCCAGAUAUAAUUUUUUUAUCAUCUUAUAUCCUGUUGGAGUUGCUGGUGAACUGCUUACCAUAUACGCUGCCUUGCCAUAUGUGAAGAAAACAGGAAUGUUUUCAAUAAGACUCCCUAACAAAUACAAUGUGUCUUUUGACUACUACUAUUUUCUUCUUAUAACCAUGGCUUCAUAUAUACCAUUGUUUCCACAGCUCUAUUUUCAUAUGUUACGUCAACGAAGAAAGGUGCUUCAUGGAGAGGUGAUUAUCGAAAAGGAUGAUUAAAGAUCCCUACAAACAAGGUGCUUUUUCCAGUAUAACCAGGAUUACUUGAGUCCGAGUUUUAAUAACAAGAAUAAAAACUCUAUGAAAGAUCA